AGCUACAGGGGAGAGGGUUGAAUCAAGCCGGGGGCCCCGCCGGCUGCACACAGGGUCCGUGGCGUCCCGGCGGCGCACAUCCGCGGAGGGAGAGCCUUGCCGGCUGCGGCGGCAACUUUGGCGUCCGUGAGAGGGCGCCCCGGGGUCAGGAUGCGGCGGAGCCCUCGCCCGGGCUCGGCCACUUCCCCUCACAAGCACACGCCCAACUUCUACAGCGACAACAGCAACAGCUCAGUGAGCGUCACCUCGGGGGACAGCAGCGGGCACCGGUCAGCUGGGCCGGGGCCCGGGGAGCCCGAGGGCAGAAGAGCCCGGGGCUCGAGCUGCGGUGAGCCCGCCUUGAGCGCAGGAGUGCCCGGAGGAACCACAUGGGCUGGAAGCUCUCGGCAGAAGCCGGCGCCUCGGAGCCACAAUGGGCCGACCGCCUGUGGCGCGGCAACCGUGAGGGGCGGGGCCUCGGUCUCUGAGGAGCAGCUCGACCUUCUCUCAACCCUGGAUCUGAGGCAGGAGAUGCCUCCACCGCGCGUGUCCAAGAACUUCUUGAACCUGCUGUUGCAGGUGCUGAGCGUGUUGCUGUCCCUGGUAGGAGACGUGCUGGUCAUUGUGUACAGGGAGGUCUGUUCCAUCCGCUUCCUGCUCACGGCUGUGUCACUGCUGAGCCUCUUUCUGGCAGCACUCUGGUGGGGGCUGCUGUACCUGGUCCCUCCUUUGGAGAAUGAACCUCAGGAGAUGCUGACUCUAAGCGAGUACCACGAGCGCGUGCGCUCCCAGGGGCAGCAACUGCAGCAGCUCCAGGCCGAGCUGGAUAAACUACACAAGGAGGUGUCCAGCGUUCGCGCAGCCAACAGCGAGAGAGUGGCCAAGAUUGUAUUCCAGAGGUUGAAUGAAGACUUUGUGAGGAAACCUGACUACGCGCUGAGCUCUGUGGGGGCCUCCAUCGACCUAGAAAAGACAUCACACGACUAUGAGGAUGCGAACACUGCCUACUUCUGGAAUCGCUUCAGCUUCUGGAAUUACGCGCGGCCGCCAACGGUUAUCCUGGAGCCAGAUGUGUUCCCUGGGAAUUGCUGGGCUUUUGAGGGCGACCAGGGCCAGGUGGUGAUCCGGCUACCGGGUCGUGUGCAACUGAGCGACAUCACCCUGCAGCACCCACCACCCAGUGUGGCACACACCGGGGGAGCCAACAGCGCCCCCCGCGACUUCGCAGUCUACGGCCUCCAGAUUGAUGAUAAGACUGAAGUUUUCUUGGGGAAAUUCACCUUCGAUGUGGAGAAAUCAGAAAUUCAGACUUUCCACCUACAGAAUGAUCCCCCAACUGCCUUUCCCAAGGUGAAGAUCCAGAUUCUAAGCAACUGGGGCCACCCCCGUUUCACAUGCUUGUAUCGGGUCCGAGCCCACGGCAUGCGAACUUCAGAGGAGGCAGGAGACAGUACCACAGGGGAACCCCAUUAAACAUGCUGAUUGUUG